AUGUACUACGAGUUCAGAAGUCGUUCACAAAAAACACUUUCCUAUUCAAAUACAACUACAAAAGUGUUAAUUAUUGGUGCUGGUCUAUCUGGAUUAGAAGCUGCUCGACUACUUCGGCAAAAUGACAUACCAACAAUAGUUCUAGAAGGAAGAAGUCGUGUAGGUGGCCGAGUGUGGUCGAUUCGUGCAAAAAAUGAUUACAUAUUUGAUAUGGGUGCAGCCUGGAUUCAUGGUAUUAAUGGAUCUAUUCCAACUGGACUGUGGACCAAUCCAUUAUGGGACAUUGUUCAAGAAGCAAAAAUUCCAACAAGAGGAACAUUGCAAAGCGAUAUGACUGCAUUUUAUCCCAGUGGAAACGAUAACAUAGAUUCAAAAGAUUAUUUGGUUUGGUACGAAGAAUAUCUAACUUAUAUGCGAGACGUAACGAAGAAUUUAAACAUGCAAGCGAAUUUAACUCUUCGAUAUUACGCAAAUUCCUUUGCAGAUCAAAAAAAUUUAACUGAAGAACAACGCCACAUUUUCUUUAGCUAUCUUCAUUUUGGAAUUGAAAGCUAUGAAGGAGCGGAAAUUGAUGUAAUAGCUGCUAAAGGUUUUCUCGAUGUCACGUCCAUUCACUAUGGUGAAGAACAUGUAUUCCAUGAAACAGGUUAUUCGUCACUGAUCGAUUACAUUGCUAAAGGUACAAAUAUUCACCUCAAUAAGAUCGUAGAGAAAAUUUAUUAUAAUAAAUCAGAUGGCUUAGUCGAGGUUACAACGAUGGAUGACGAAGUGUACAAGGCAGAGUAUGUUCUUAUAACUGUACCGUUAGGAGUGUUAAAAUCAAGACGAAUUCAAUUUGUACCAUCGCUUCCUCAAUGGAAGUUGGAUGUAAUAGAUAAACUUGGAUUUGGCACCCUAGAUAAAGCAGUUCUUCUAUGGAAUGAAGCGUGGUGGAAUUCCACGGACUACUACUUUAUGCGCAUAUCUUCAAAACCGAACGAAUUCGGCUAUUGGGUUAACGCUAAUAAAUGGAACGAUAAACCAGCUUUAGUUUGUUACUUUGUUGGAAAAGAAGCUUAUAGACUGGAAACAACACUUACAAAAGAUGAAGUAAUUGAAGAAAUUCGGAAAACUUUGAUGAAAAUGUUCAAUCGAACUGUGCCUGUACCGAUUGACAGUUAUAUGACAUAUUGGAAAAUGGAUCCAUUUUCCAAUGGUUCAUAUUCUUAUGUUUCUGUUGAUCAGAAAUACGAAUAUCCGACAUAUUUAGCUCAACCGAUUAUGAACCAAUUACUUUUUGCUGGCGAAGCAACAAGUGUAGAGUCAUAUGGUUAUGCUCAUGGAGCUGUUUUGAGUGCACGACGAGAAGUAGCUAAAGUUGACAUACGUGGAACAGGAGCAUCAGAAGGUAAGCAUAAAAAAAUGGCUGUAGUUUGAAAUAUGUAACAUAUCAAAUACUUGUUUUCAUCUAUGUUACGACCCACCUCUCUUAGUGUGUCGUAAGAACAUCUCUUUCCUUCCUUUCUUUCUUGUUGCGUAAUUACGCAACAGUCACAGUUCAAUAUUGCACAACCUCCGCACAUAAUUCAACGUUGCG